CGUCCAUGUCUGGUACUUACUUGCGGGUAACUAGCACGCACUUGCACUAAUUGGAUAGAUCCAUCCAUCACGAUCGAGCUCACCUAUGGAUGCCUACGCUAUAUACCACACUUAAAAUCCACUCUUGCGUGCGUGCUUGGUGUCAGUGGAACAAGCACCGAAGAACGACUAUCGAUAGAAGUUGAUGAUGAGGCGCAGCUUGGUGAUUGUGAUGGUGGCCUGCAGCUGCGCCACAGCCAUAGCCAGAGGAGGAGGAGGAGGAGGUCUGAAGCUCAACUUCUACUCGGAGUCGGAGAGGUGCCCGAGGGCGGAGGAGGUGGUGAGGGAGGAGGUGCGGAGGCUGUACGAGGAGCACGGCAACACGGCGGUGUCGUGGUUGAGGGCACUCUUCCACGACUGCAUGGUCUACUCCUGCGACGCCUCCCUGCUGCUCCACACCACCACCACCACAGGCGUCUCCGAGCAGUCCUCCCACCGCAGCUUCGGCAUGCGCAACUUCAAGUACAUCACCGCCAUCAAGGCCGCCGUCGAGCGUGAGUGCCCUGCCACCGUCUCCUGCGCCGACAUCCUCGCCCUGGCCGCCCGCGACGGCGUGGCCAUGCUGGGUGGGCCCUCGGUGGCCAUGCGGACGGGGCGGCGCGACAGCAGGGAGAGCUACUACGGCGUGGUGGAGCAGUACAUCCCCAACCACAACGACAGCGUGUCCACCGUGCUGUCGAGGUUCGCGGCCAUCGGGGUGGACACGGAGGGAGCGGUGGCGCUGCUGGGCGCGCACUCGGUGGGGCGCGUCCACUGCUUCAACCUGGUGGGGAGGCUGUACCCGCAGGUGGACGGCAGCAUGGAGGCGGCGUACGGGGAGUACCUGCGGGGGAGGUGCCCGACGGCUGCGGCGACGGAGGACACGAGAGAGGUGGUGUACGCGCGCAACGACCGCGUCACGCCCAUGCUCAUCGACAACAUGUACUACCGCAACCUGCUCGCCGGGCGGGGGCUCCUCCUGGUGGACCAGCAGCUGGCCUCCGACGCCCGCACGGCGCCCUACGUCCGCCGGAUGGCCGCCGACAACGACUACUUCCACCAGCGCUUCGCCGCAGCGCUUCUCACCAUGUCCGAGAACGCGCCGCUCACCGGCGCACAGGGGGAGGUCAGAAAAGACUGCAGGUUCGUCAACUCUAGCUAAGCUCGACUAGCUAGUAGUACACAUAUACAUACAUAUAUGAUCGAUGUAAAAAUAAUUGAGGUACGUUCUAUGAGAUCGAUCGGUCUGUGAACUAAUCGAUCGGCGGCCUCUAUCUGUUGGCAUCGACUCCUCCAUUGGAUCUUUGUAUUUUUCUCAACUUGUAUGUACGUACGUAUGUAUGUGGGGUUCCGUCGAGUCGUGUGUGUCCGUGACCGUAACUGGACUCAAUUAUUAUGGAGUAACAUAAUAUAUAUUGUAUGCGUGGCGUUCCAUCGUUACAAAUA